GAUAAAGAUUAUUAAGUGGUCCAAGCAACUUUUUUCUAUAUUUAGUGAGUAAAGUUUUCUAUCAGUUGUCAAAUCCAAUGGUAAUUUGAAGGAUAUCCGCAAAUAUAAAGUUUCAAAACGACACUUUAGCUUAUUGAGGGCUGUUUUGGGAAUAUGCCUGGCGAGGUUUUGUCAUAAAAGCUUUCAUUACACUGAAAUAUUGAUAUUAUUUCUGUUAAACAGUAUGAAGACGUCUUUAUUUUUGCUUAUUGAAAAAUACCAAACAAAACACAGUCUAAUAUAUGACAAAAUACAUUAAAGCUUUUCGAAAGUGUACUAAAAAUAUUUCAUAGUAUGACGCAAAUAUCGCGAGAGUCACGUGACCUGGAUAAGCUUACAGUGCAGGCAUGGCGGCGCCCUGCGAUUACAAACACGACGCGCGAGUUUUUGUUGACUGUUGGUUUAACAUAGUGCAUUUGUAGUCGAGAUGCUCGGAAACUAUUCUCUGAAUUCAAUAAAACACAAACACUGAGGACGACUGCGUGUUCUGUAAGAGCCAGAGCACAAGACACAUCAGACACGAGUUAAAGAAACAACAGGAUGUCCGGUGUUGCUCAGAGUGGUGAGGGUGCUGCAGGACAGGAAGCAGAGGCUGAUGGAGAACCUCCCCAUGAAGCACUUGUUCAAGGAGCACUGGAAGAAGAGGAGGAACCAGCAGCGAAACAGCCUCGACUCCAGCAGGAGGAUGUGGCUCUUGAUUUCCCUAUGAUAGAGAUAGCCCAUGAGCCUUCAGAGGAGAAGAGCAAAAGCCAAGAUGCUGCUGGGGUUGAAGAGGAAGUGUCAUAUCAUCAGACAGAUGAACCAGUACAUGUUGCGGAACAUGCAGAGAUGGAAAGAGACAAUGAAUGGCAUCAAAACGGAGCAGAGAGCAGAGAAAUGCUGGAACAAACUGAGGAGAAUACAGCUGAUGAGCCUGAGAAGAACAGUCCAGAAGCUGAGCAGCACUAUCAAGGCCUGGACUUCAGGCAGAAUCCUCAGAUGCUGACGGGAUCAUGGGCCGAGUACACGCACUCCGCUGAGAAUUACCUCAGAGGCUGCAAAUGGGCUCCAGAUGGUUCCUGCAUUGUGUCUAACAGCGCUGAUAAUGUUCUCCGGGUGUAUAACCUCCCAGCUGAGCUGUACAGCAGCCAAUGGGACUUGCUUUCUGAGAUGAGUCCUGUGCUGAAGAUGGCAGAAGGAGACACCAUCUAUGACUACUGCUGGUUCCCCAAGAUGACUUCUACUGACCCGGACACAUGCUUCAUUGCCAGCAGCAGCCGAGACAACCCGGUCCACAUAUGGGACGCCUUCUAUGGGGACCUUCGUGCAUCUUUUCGACCCUACAACCACCUGGAUGAGCUGACAGCGGCUCAUUCACUGUGUUUCUCUCCUGACGGCUCUCAGCUCUACUGCGGCUUUGAUAAAAUCGUCAGGGUCUUCCACACCGACCGUCCUGGCAGAGACUGCGAGCAGCGGCCCACCAUGGUCAAGAAACGGGGUCAGACUGGCAUUAUUUCCUGCAUUGCCUUCAGUCAGUGCCAUUCCAUGUAUGCCUGCGGCUCGUACUCGCGCUCAGUCGGCCUUUACUCUUGUGAUGAUGGCUCUCUGCUGGCUCUGCUGCCCACUCGACACCAUGGAGGCCUUACACACCUGCUGUUCUCACCCAAUGGCUAUCACCUGUACACUGGCGGGCGUAAGGAUUCAGAGAUCCUGUGUUGGGACCUCAGAGAUCCAGGACAGGUUUUGUUCUCCAUGCAGAGGAAUGUCAAUACAAACCAGCGCAUCUACUUUGACCUGGACCAAUCCGGCCGGUAUCUACUGAGCGGAGACACUGAUGGGGUGGUGUCAGUGUGGGACACCUUAACAGCUCUGCCUGAUGGGAAUGAGGAGAUACUAAAGCCACUGCUACAGUUUCAGGCACACACCGACUGUACUAAUGGCAUCAGUGUCCAUCCUUUCAUGCCAUUGAUGGCUUCGUCCAGUGGUCAGCGUAAGUUCUUCUGGCCGUCUGACAGCGAGGACUCAACGUCUGAUUCUGAGGAGGGGAACGUGAUGCCAACUAACGGCGACCGGCCGGACAACGCUCUGGUGCUAUGGUGGGCCGGCCCAGUGGCCUCAACCAAUGAGAUAAGGCAGGAGGAGGAGCCAGCAGUUAUUGACAGCUAAAACUUUCGAUUGUUAAACUGCACUCUGACUGACCGGUAAUCUACUGCCAAACCUAUAAUGCUAAUUGUUUAGGUUAAGAGUGGUAAGAUUGUAAUUUUGCAUCACUUUUAAUUGUACUAUAGUAAUUUUUAAAAAAAGAACUAAUCUUCCAACCUUUUGUACAGACAUUUAUUUCUUGUUGUUGCUGGGUUUGUAAAGCUCAAUCAAUAACGGUGUAAAAGUCGAACCAUUCCUGACAGCAAAUUAUGAUUCGCAUCACCUGGAACACUGAUCUGAAAUAUGAAUAAUUCAUUCGUAGAUUUCAUUUGGUUUGGACAGGUCCCUAAAUUGAUGUUUACAUUCUGUUUACUAGCCAUUCUUCGUAGAUCUGCCGUCUCUGCUGGAGUGUGAUGACUCUCAGGUUCAUGAUUUCGGAGAGCAGCCUUUUCGUUGGGUUUGUUUUCCUUUCGCUGCAAAAGCUGGUUUUUUAGGAAACGUGUUGAGACUUGUCUCGGACUAACUUUAAAAACACAGUACAGUUAUUUCAGCAGCUGGUUUAAUCCCUGUAAGAAAUGAUUGUGACUAUGAGAAGGCUGUGUGUGAUGGACUGAGACGGUUUAUCUCGUGUUAAAUGUGCCAUAUAGAGCUGCUGAGGGCAGCUGUGAAUAUAUAUUUUUCUAAGCCAGUAAUCUGCUUUAUUGUAUGUAUGUGCGUAUGUGUGUGCGCGCGUAAUGUGUUGGUUUCCUGUCUCUCAAUGAGCCUUGAUGCUUUAGCUGAGGCUGCACAUUCUCUUUUAAAAUAACUCGUGUUUAUGUUUGUUCGUGAGCGGUUAUGUGACACAAUUGUGUGUGUUUACAGCUUUUUCUCUGUGUGUGUGCGCGUGUGUGUGUGUGGUUUAAGAGUACACAAAAUGACAUGGAUAUCACCUAGUUGUACUCUAUUAGGGUGGAUUAUAAGUACAUCCUAUGUGUCCUCAUAAUUCAAAAUGGUUAAACUUGGGUUUAUGGGUAAUGCCAUUUAAUAAGCAUUAAUGUAAUCCAUUAUGCCUAUAGUCCACAUAAACCAUAUAUAUAAGUGUGUGUGUCUGUGCAUGGUUGUAAAUUCCUCUGUAAAUCAGUGGGUUUCUGCCUUGUCAGACAUGCUGUAGUCAUAUUGCAUCCACUUUCGAAAGCUCCAGUUGUUAGUAGAAAUAGAAUUUUUGUACAGUUGUCUGGAAUUCUCCUCUUUCAGGUCUACAUUUGAUUCUUUUUGCUCAAAGGAACCAUUUGGAACAGGUAGAUCACCUUGGUUUAAUAAACAUGUUUGCAUAAAAA